AUCCGCCGUGCCCGACCUUCCUCGCACUCGCGGACUCGCCACGGGCCGCCGCCCACCAAAGAGCAAGCACAAGCCGAAAUUCUUCUUCGCUAGCUCGCUCGCCAUUCUAUUUCUGCUGCCAGGCGACGACGCAGAGAAGACGUCCAGAACUCCAGGAGCGGCCAGCGGAGGGAGGGAGGAGCUAGCACUAGAAGAGCCCAGGGGGAGAAGCCAUGGCCGGCAGGAGCUUCUUGAUCCGGUCCCCCAAGGAGGAGGAGUCCGACGCCGCCGUCAGAGAGGCUGUAUUUCUGGGAGCGAGGAAUGCUGCAAUAGCUGGUUCUGUGGUAGCGGUUCCCACGUUGAUCGGCUGCCGUGUCCUUCCUUGGGCUAAGGCUAAUCUCAACUACACCGCACAAGCACUCAUCAUAUCAGCAGCCUGCAUCGCUGGCUUCUUCAUCACUGCUGACAAAACCAUUCUACGGAACGCAAGACAAAACACCAUCGGGAAGCUUGACAAGUCAACUUGAUGCAGAUCUGUAGCUGUGACGGUUGACCGAUUUCAGUGUUCAGCUACACAAGCCAAUUUGUGCUGUAAAGAUCUGCUUACCUGAUGGACUCAACCUGUGUAUGCAGUUUUAUCCCAUUUUAAUUUUGAAUAAAAUAUGGGGCUACGGGUAUAUGCCUGUGUAAUGUGGAAUAUGAGGCUUGCAUCUGUAGUCAGUGGUUGUAAGACUGUUCAGUAAAAUGCUAUAUGUUGUCUGUUGCCCCACAAGUUCGACA